AUGGCAAGCACAGAUCCACUCCAGGAUAUCAGGACUAAGAUAUAUCUAGCAGAUGAGGACUUUUUGCGCAGGUUUAGCACGAAUAAGGCUAGUUCUACAGAGGUUGAUGAGGCGGUGGACAUAGUGUAUGUUGACUUGAAGGCCAACCAGACUUUGAAUGUUAUGGCAGACAAGGAUUUGAAUUAUAGGAUCGAGUUGAUUGGGCAUUUGGUAACGUGCAGCUCUAAAUUUGAUCAGGUCGGAAAACUACUGCCUUCAACACUAGCACACCUAUCACCUACCCACACCUCCAAGAUCCAGACCUUAGUCAUAGUGGACUGCAUCAAGUUCCAGCAGAAAUACCCAAAUGAUACAAUCGCAGGUGUUCUCUCUUUUCUUGAGGACUUGAUGCUAACUGAUGGGUUCCAAACGAGGAAACAUUUGUUCUAUAUUAUUAGGAAGCUGUAUCCGGUCAUGACCUCAGCCAUGUCGCAAUUGUUCGUUUCGUCUGGUGAUUUGUCAAACAUACUAUCAGACGAGCUGAAAACAAUACUCAGUCAUUUUAAUGAAGGCUCUGGUUUGACAGCCAAUCAGGCCAUAUCGCUGCUGGAGCUGUUUUCAUCUGCAUGUGUGGAUGAGCGUAGUCGAUCAGUGAUAGCAGAGAACUACACCUCCAUUUUGAGCAGGGCGUUACAAAUAAAGGGUGGAUCUGAUCCCGAGCAGACUCGCAGGAUUCGGUUGUUGAGUGGAGUAGUAAUUUGCAAGAUCUUAAAUGUGGUCAAAUCAGAACAGUUGAAGGAGAACCCUGAACUGAUGGACUUUCCAAGCUUGUGUGGGGUCUUGGUGGAUGCUGUUAAGCACUCAGAUAUUAACUAUAUCAAAGACGGACUGGAAGGCUUGGCAUAUCUUUCUUUGAAGAGUGAGGUCAAGAGAUACCUUAGGAGAGAAACCGACCUCAGCAACGUUAUAUUUGCUUUACUGAAGAAGAAAGAGCUCGAGCCGGGUAUGAGAUACGGUGCAUUGGUGAUACUUUCCAAUCUCACAUCAUAUAGGUCAGUGCUGUCGAAAGAACAGGAGUCUUUCAAAACCUUGAAGGAUUAUGCUGGUGCCGUAGGCAAGGACCAGGCAAAACCAGAGGACGAUGAGAGCGACAAUGCUGAGAUUGCAGUCAUAGUCAACGAUUGGCUAGAAGAGAAGAAAGGAUUUGGGUUGGCUAUCUCAUUCGCACAGCAGGGCUCCAAAGGCUACCAGAUGGAGCUGGUCAGGCUGUGUGCAAACUUCUCGCAUGCUAUAAUCUUCAGAUCUCGGGUUGUUCAACAAGGCGGCUUGAAUUAUCUCAUCAAUUAUCUUGCGAACAACUCUGAGGAAGUUGAGUACAAGGAUGGUAGCAUUGUUGCCAAAUCUGAGGUUGCCAACCCAGAGGUAAGGCUGGUUGCAAUUAGGACGAUUGCCAAGCUUUUGAUCACAAAUAACCCCAACAAUGCAUUCAAUAAGUUUGAGCCAACAAUUGUGAUCCCGUUCCUCAGCGAGGUUCUACAAAAAUACGAUAUGGAAACUAACGGGACGGAUUACGACGUCCAAAUUCCUCUUCUUGCCGUGGAGGUCCGCUCAAUAGACCUAUUUGAAACACUGUUAGCUCUAACAAAUCUGGCAUCUAUGGACAAAUCACCGAUUUGGAAAGUUGGAACUCGGUUCACGUGGAGGUAUCUACAAAACCUGAUGCUGGAUUCGGACCCACGGAUCCAGUGUGCUGCACUGGAGCUUAUUUCCAACCUGGUGGUGGAACCUGAAUGUAGCCAGCACUUUUUCGACUGGAGCAUCGAGACCAAUAAGCGCAACUUCGAUAUUUUGGUUGAAUUGAUAGACCUACAGGAUGUGAAGUCACAGUUAGCUGUUAUGGGCAUAUUUGCAAAUGUUUCUGACUUCGAGAUGAUAGCCCAGAUUCUAGCGCGGACAACCAAGUUCAUCGACCACUUGAUAAAAGUUUUGGAAGAGCAAAAGACUCAGGAGGAUCUCAUGCUGAGGUGUGUAUAUACGCUCAUAAACUGCUGUUAUGUGGAGACUGCGCAGUUGAAGGCGUAUACGAAGUUGAAUGAGACCAUUGGUAACGUGAUCAGGACGCAUUCGGGCAAUAAGGAUCUCGUUCAGAUGUGCCUUCAAUUGGUUAAGCUAGUGAAGAAUUGA